GGAGGCCAUUUUGGUUGCGGGCAGGAAAGCCCCUGGGGGAAAUGGUGCCAGUUAGGGGGUGGUGCGUGGAGUGCCCGGAACGGAUCGGGUCCAGGCUGCCUGGCGGUGCAGCGCGCCCACCCGCUCCACUUGCGUCACCCUAACCCCGCGGCCUUCACCCGGCCAGUCUCUGUACACUCGCACCCCGCCCUCACCGUAACUCCCUCCGGCAGGGGCCCCGGCGGCUCAGCCCUGGAGGCAGCAGGUGUGGGCGCUGCCCUGCGUGGGGCCGUCCCCGCAGCUCGCGGCUCUCCCCAGUCGGGCUCUGGAGCUGUGGCGACUGGGGCCUUUAAGGGCUGCAGCAGUGGCUGAUGCUUACAAAGAAUUAGCUGCCGCUCCUCAAAGGGGAUCGUUGGCAGAGUCACUUCAUCUCCCCCAAACAUACUAGGCCCUGCGGGGUGGGGGUGUGGGGGGGUUGUUCCCAAAAGACGCUCCUUGGCAGACGCUGGGGUCGGCAUGAGUGCGUUGAUCUUGAAUCAGUACAAUUUACCCUCCUAGGAGGACGUGGUUUGUGCCUACGUGGAGCCCUCAGAGAGAUAACACCGCCCCAGCUGCUUCACAGCUCUGGUUGCAAAACUGAUGGUGGCAAAUUGUAACUUGAAGCCAGAUGUAUACCUUUAUACAACAUCCUGAGUGAGAUGUGCACAUGUCCAUUCCAUGACCUGCCCUUCUUCCCCUCUCCAUUGGAGUCUUUCCGGUAGGAUGAAGCUGUGGGAGAUCAGUGGCGGUUCCGCACUUUAUGCCUGCACGAGGCAGCAGAGGGUGAUCGUGCUGCCCCAAUGGGUACCGCUAAGGGAAAAAUUCUGACAGCUGUGCAUUGGGGUAGGGUACACAUACACCUACAGCUGAGUAGACGUGUGCAACACAUCUCAAAGAAAAACAGUUACAGAAAGUGGUUUUGGAUUCAAAAAGGAUGGGUAGAAAGGAUGCAUCUGCUGCAAGAAUUCCUGUUGAGCAAUACAGGAAACAAAUAGGAAAACAAGAUUACAAGAAAAGCAGGCCAGUGUUAAGAGCAACAAGAUUAAAAGCAGAGGCCAAGAAAACUGCACUGGGCAUAAAGGAAGUUGCCCUUGUCCUUGCAGCUAUACUGGUAUUUCUGUUGGCUUUCUACGCUUUCUUUUAUCUUAAUCUAUCAAGUGAAGUUGACCUUGAUCUGGAUCCAAAUGAAAACUAGCAGAUGCAAUGUAUCUAUCCUAUCAUCAGAUUCUCUUCAGGAAAAGCAACUACCUUGAACAACACUUCUUGGGAACACACAGUUCUAAUGCAUAAUAAUACUAUGCAAUAUCUCCAUUGCUCUUAAAAUUCAUAUCUGCAGAACAGGCAAAGAAGACUGAUGCAACGCAAGCUGCUUAAGUUAAAACAAAAGCUGUACUAUUAUGAAUUAAAUGAAUUGUUUACAUUAUUUGUUUCUCAGGCUGAGAAC